UCUUGCCGGAGCCACCCCGUUGUCAACGUAGACCGAGCACGCUGGUGUCUUUCCACAGUGUCAGGACUUACUGCGUGACAGUAAAUUCAGAGGCUGCACCGUUUUCAUCAGCUGCUCUGCACUGGGCCCUCGGGUCGCACGGUGGUCAUAGGACAGGCAAUCACAAGUUGUUUACGCCAACCUUAAUUCCUAACGCUAGAGCACUCAACUCGCAACUCACAAUUUAUGUGAAAAUCUGUAAAUAAAAUACAGAAAGCUAAAUUCAAGAUUAAGGUGACCACAGGGGUUCAGGAGGCUGAGCUGACCAAAGUCAGAGAGCAGAUACCAAAGCAAAGAGUCACUGUAUGUGGUCAGAUAACCUCAGGAACAAGAACUUGUUCAGGGUGCGGAGCUGGAAGGCCCAGAACUAACACUAGGCCAGGGUCCAGUUGGAGUAGGGAGGUGGUCAGAAAUCGCAGGUUCAUUACCUGUUGCCCUCUGUUGAGAUGAUCUGAGGUCUGGUUGGUUGUGUGCGGCAACCAGUCUUGGGGUGCUCCUCCUCUUGUGCAUUUCAUGUGAGAGGAUUACUUUGUAUUUUAGAUGAUUUCAAGGGCUUGUUUUUGUUUUUAUGGCGUGGAUAAACCCAAGCGUCCAAAUGCUCUGAUCAAAAGAUCAACUGAAAUUGGCAAACUUCUGAGUUCCUACUUGGAAAAGAAAAGUGAACUGGAGGACCACUCGGUGCACCUGCUCUUCUCUGCAAAUCGCUGGGAGCAUGUGCCAUCCAUGAAGGAGAAGCUGAGCCAGGGUGUCACCCUCGUUGUGGACAGAUAUGCGUUUUCUGGUGUUGCCUUCACAAGUGCUAAGAAGAACUUCUCCCUGGAUUGGUGCAAACAGCCAGACGUCGGCCUUCCCCAGCCUGAUCUGAUCCUGUUCCUUCAGCUGGGGCUGGCAGAUGCUGCCACGCGGGGAGAGUUUGGUCGUGAGCGCUACGAGGACAGAGCUUUCCAGGAACGGGCACUGCAGAGCUUCCAGCAGCUCAUGGGAGACUCGACUCUGAACUGGAAGGUAGUCGACGCUUCCAGGAGCAUCGAGGCUGUGCACGAGGAGAUCCGUGCGCUCUCUGAGGACGCCAUCUGCAAUGCUGCACAAAGGCCACUGGGGGUGCUGUGGAAGUGACCCGGCCCGCCCUGGGGUCCUGGGGUUCCUGCUCCUGGUGCGCCUCAGCUCAUGGGGAAUUUAGGGCUUGGGUAUGCCGGGGACCCCAUCACCAUGGACCUUGGAGGUGUGGGUACCAAGUGGGGUGGCAGAGUGUCCUCGUCUGCCCACUCCCAUGUCCUGAGUGUGGGUAUGUGCGUGUGUGGCACAGGGCUCGGAGCUCAGGGGAGCUCUCCCAACAGAGCUGCACCCCAGCCUUUCUUGAGCUAAAUUGUCUAGACUAACUUCCAACUUGUUACACCCCCAGUCCUUUUUUAUUUUGAGAAGGUCUAAGUUGCUGAGGCUGGCCUCGUACUUGCAAUCCUGCUGCCUCAGCCUCCCAAGUAGCUGAGAUUAUAGGUGUGCUCCACCACAGUCAGUUU